AGAAUAAGGCAGGAUGGAUGUGUAUGACCCUCAGACACUGGGUGUUAUGGUCUUUGGAGGUUUUAUGGUGAUAUCAGCCAUCGGGAUCUUCUUGGUGUCCACCUUCUCCAUGAAGGAGACGUCUUACGAGGAAGCCUUGGCCAAGCAACGCAAAGAGCUUGAGAAGACCCAGCAGCAGAAAAUAGAGAAAAAGAAGAAAGAGAAACCUGUUGAGAAGAAAGGAAAAGCAAAGAAAAAGGAAGAGAAACCUAAUGGAAAAAUCCCGGAGCAGCAGCUGACUCGGGAAGUGACGGACUCUCCCAAGGAUGUGGUUCUUGAGCCUGCUGUGGUGCCUGAGCCUGUAACUGUCGAGACUCCGAUCGCAGCGGUGUCAGUGCCCCCCCAGGAAAAGGAGAAACCUGCUCUGUCACCUAAGGAGAAGAGGAAGAAGGAGAAGAAGGUGGCAAAGGUAGAGCCUGCUCCUAGCCCGGUGUUGGCUUCACCUCCUGUCAGUGUCCCCAAAAGUUCUCCCGUCUUGGAGGUGACCCCUAAGGAGGUGCCUGUUGUGGCCGUGCCGCCGGUUGGCACGCAGCAAAGUGAGCAGAAGCAUGAUGGACCUGUCAAAAAGAGGGCUGCAUCCAAAAAGAAGAGCGAGCCAGCACCUGCGGACUCGGACGGGCCCCUCUACCUGCCCUACAAGACGCUCGUGUCCACAGUCAGCAGCAUGGUGUUCAGCGAGGGGGAGGCCCAGCAGCUCAUCGAGAUCCUGACGGAGAAAGCAGGCAUCGUCCAGGACACCUGGCACACGGCCACACAGAAGGGUGACCCAGUCGCUGUCCUGAAACGCCAGCUGGAAGAGAAGGAGAAGCAGCUCACCGCUGAGCAGGAGGAUGCGGCUGCUGCCAGAAACAAGCUGCGGGAGCUAAGCAAGGAACUGGCGGCCGAGCGGGCCAAGGCGGUGGCCGUGGAGGGCAAGCUGAAGGAGCAGCUGCUCACCCGCGAGCGGGAGAUCGCGGCAGUGCAGGCACGCAUGCAGGCCAGCUACCAGGACCAUGUCAGCGAAACGCAGCAGCUCCAGGGCAAGAUCCGGACCCUUCAGGAGCAGCUGGAGAACGGCCCCAACACGCAGCUGGCUCGCCUGCAGCAGGAGAACUCCAUCCUGAGGGACGCCCUCAACCAGGCCACCAGCCAGAUGGAGAGCAAGCAAAACGCUGAGCUGGCCAAGUUACGGCAAGAGUGCAACAAGCUGAUGAAAGAGCUGUCUGAGAAAUCGGAGGUGCUGCAGCAAGAGGAGCAGCAGAAGAAGAGCUGGGAGAUCAAAGCGGUGGCCUCGGAGAAGCAAAUCGAGCAGCUGCAGGCUUCCCAAAGGGAGGUGGAGGCGACGAUGCAGAAGAGGCUGGAUGAAGUAAGCGACGAGCUCCGCAAAACCCAGACCAGCUACAAAAGCUUGUUAGCAGACGCAGAAAAGGCUAAAGGACAGCAGCAGAGCAUUGCUGAACUGCAGGCCAAGCUGCUGAGCUCCGAAGCGGAGGUUAAAAGCAAGUUGCUGGAGCUGGACAACGUGAAGGGGAAACUGCAGGGUGCCAGCUUGGAGAAUACGAAGCUCCUGGAGAGGAUCAAAUCCAUUGAAGCUCUGCUGGAGGCAGGCCAGAUGAGGGAGGCAGAAAAAGACAGAGACUUGAAGGCAGCCAAUGAAGCAGAAAUGAAGCAGCUGCGGUCAAGGCUCCAGGAGAAGACGGACCAGCUCUCAUCCUUGGAAAGGGAAGCCACAGAGCUGCGAGAGGCGAUGGAGCAACAGAAGAUGAAAAAUAAUGACCUUCGCGAGAAGAACUGGAAAGCAAUGGAAGCGUUGGCCACGGUGGAGAAGGCGUGCGAGGAAAAACUGCUUGCUGCUACAAAAGCAAAGGAAGAGCUGGCCCAACAGCUGGACACGCUCCAGACGCGAACCAAGCAGACGCUGCUCUCUGCCCUCCCUGGAGUUGCCGUGUCCUCGCAGCAGGAUUAUGACACGUGGCUACAAGAGUUUACGGAGAAGACCGUGGAUGUGCUAAAGCAGCAGACAAUUACAACAGAGCCCCCGGAUUCAGCACUUAAAUUAAGAGAGGCAGAGGAAGCACAAAGCACUUUACAAGCAGAAUGUGAGCAGUAUAGAGCUAUCCUUGCAGAGACGGAAGGGAUGCUGCGAGACCUGCAGAAGAGCGUGGAGGAGGAGGAGCAGGUGUGGAAAGCAAAGCUCACGGCGUCUGAAGAGGAACUCCAAAAGUCGCAACUCCAGCUGAAAUCCCUUGAAGACAUGGUGGAGAAGUUGAAAGCAGAUCUGCAGAGCACAGAUCAGCUAAAGCAAUACACCUCUCUUCUGGAAACGCAACUGGAAAAUCACUUGGAGACAGCCAGCUCUGAACGCCAAAAGUACACAAAAGAGGUUGAAGUCUUGAGGCAGCUCUUGUCGGAAUCCCGGGAGCAGCUGGAGGCAGCGAAGACGGAAACGCAGAAGCAGAGCAAGGAGCUGGCCCUGGUCAGGCAGCAGUUGAGUGAGAUGAAGAGCCAUGUACAGGAUGGAGAAGUAGUGGGGUUACAAGCUGACCCAAGCGAGCCUGCGCCCCUCGAGUUGAAAACUCAGCUGGAGCAAAACGAAGCGCUGGUGGAGAAGGAGCAAGUGCUGCGACAAAAGCUGGCGCUGGAGCUGGAGGAGGCCCAGAGCUCAGCGUGCAGUUUGCAAGCAGAGCUGGAAAAGCUGAGACUGGCUGAAAAUGCAGCAGCUUCAGACACGGAGGAGGCCCAGCAUCUCAAGGAAAGACUUGAAAAAGAAAAAAAAUUAACAAAGGACCUGGGCCAGGCAGCAACCAAACUACAGGAGCUACUGAAGGUUACCCAGGACCAACUGGCCAAAGAGAAAGAAACGGUGAAGAAAUUGAAAGAACAGCUUCAGGAAACGGGGGAAGAGGACAGUUCGAAGGAAGGGACUUCAGUUUGACGAGUCUAUGACCUAGACCUUACUGUUCAACUUACCAAAAUGCCUUACACAUUCCUAAAAAUAAAAAUAUAUGCUGAAUUUACUGUAGAUAAAAGAUACAAGCCAUUAGUGAUCCAAAACCUAGUUUUGAAACUUUAGGAAAAAAAUACAAAAAAACCAAAAAAACCCAACCAGUAAACACUGCGGGCAUACAUUUGUAAGAAAAUCUUCAUACUGUUUUGUACAACCGUUCAUUCCCCAGGCAGCCCGGCCGCGUCGGGGCAGGCACCAGGGCUUCACCCUCCUGUUGCGGCAGAACCCAUGAAUGUGUGAAAAGGGAAGACUGUGUUUGUACAUCAACCGGUGCAAUUAUUAUUAUUUUUCUUUUUUUUUUUUUUUUGAAUGAAAGAAGUGUGAAAGUAAGACCCACCAUGGAAGGAAGCCUCUCUUUGAUGGGUGGCUCUUGGCACGUAUACUUUUAUGUAUUUCUGGGUGUCGAUGCAAUUAAAAUGAU